AUGACCGAGGGAACGCACACUCUGCCUGAUGGCCUCGAGCUGUAUACCAAGACAUGGGAGUGCAGCGGACCUCCACGUGCCAUCUUGGCUUUUAUCCAUGGCUUCAGUGAUCACUGCAAUGCCUACUACGACAUGUUCCCAAACCUGGCCGAAGCUGGAAUCGAGGUCAGGUCUUUUGAUCAGAGAGGCUGGGGUCGCGAGGUCAAGAAGUCCAGCGACAAGGGCAACACAGGCCCAACAAGCCAAGUCCUCGCAGACAUGCACUCUUUCCUUCUCACGCUCCCAUCAGAGUCCAGCACCCCCAUCUUCCUAAUGGGCCACAGCAUGGGCGGCGGCCAAACCCUUAACUACAUCUUCCACCCAGAGUCCCCCUAUAACAAAGACUCCAGACGGCCCAAGCUAACUGGAGUCUUGCUUUACUCCCCCCUAAUCGCCCUUGACCCGGCCUCGCGCCCGUCAAAGCUCGUCGUCGUGGCCGGCCGCCUUACUUCCAAGCUUCUCCCGCACAAGCAGCGCUAUUCUCCACUUGACUAUAAGCUCUUGUCUCGGGUUCCGUCUGUCGUCGAGGAUUGCAUUGCUGAUAAGUUGUGUCAUGAUACCGGUACGCUGGAGGGCCUGGCGGGUAUGUUGGACCGUGGACUGUGGCUUGAGGCGAUGUUUGACACGGAGGCUUCGUCUGGCGAGUGGGUUGAUUGUUCGUUGCCUUUCUGGUUUGGUCACGGUGAUGGGGAUCGCAUUACUAGUUUCCCUGCUACCAAGGACUUUGCUGGGGAGUUGACCAAGCGCGGGAAGGAUGCUACUUUUGUUGGUUAUGAUGGGGCUUAUCAUCGCUUGCAUUCUGAGUUGCCUGAGACUACGACGAAGUUUGUUGCUGAUAUUAGAGACUGGAUUCUGACCAAGGCGGGUGGUAUUUCUGCUCAGGGCGAGGAUGCUGCUGAGGCCGACAAAGCUAGACUUUGA